AUGGUUCGAGACGACAUCCCAGAGGAAGGACCUGGUGAUGUGCAGCCCACCAACAAGGUAUUCUGUACAUACUGCGGAAAGGGCUUCACUCGCAAAGAGCAUCUCGAAAGACAUCUUCCACAGCACACCAACAUCAAACCACACGUCUGUCAGUUUUGCAAGAUAGGCUUCAGCCGUCGGGACUUGCUGCAACGGCACAUCUCCUCGCUCCACGAACAAGGCCCCAUCGAUGCUAUCACGGGCGGGAUGAUGACUGUCACAGGACGGACACCCAUUUCGUGCCAGAACUGUGCCACGGCAAAGACAGGAUGUGACAAAAAGGUGCCAUGUACGAGGUGCGCUGAAAAGAGCCUCCACUGUGAGGCUCGCUAUGCCCGACGGUCGUCCAAGGCGGCUAUUCGUGUCCAGCAGGCACAUGCUGCGCAAGCAAGCGCUGUUGCAUCCCAUCAACAGGCGGCGGCAGCAGCUUCGGCUGCUGCUGCUGCUGCCAAUUUCAUGGCAUACCCUGCCGCUCCGUUUGGCCAUGUGUCCCACUUGCCUGCGACCAUCAACCCCUCGUACAUGGACCUUAUGAGAGGUGUUCCACUUAAGAUGGAGGAAAAGAUGGAAUCAAUCACAGUGGACACGAAGCCACACCGCUCUCCCAUGAAGUCUCCCAUGGUCACCCACCCUAUCAGCCCGCCUAGCUUUCCCUCGCCACACAAUCGGGGUGAUAUGGGCAUGGAUGAGUACAUGGGUGACAUGACGGAUCCCCAGUACUUUUUGUCGCCCUGGGACACCUACACGAUCGGCGGUAUCGACAUGUACCAAGGUGAUCCUGGGACCAUCCCGCUGGAAAGGGCCGACAUUUCGAUGGAUUUUGGUGUAAACGAUCUGUCUGCCCCUACAUCAGAGCCGAUGACGGCGAGUUCCUCGCGCGGGUCACACACCAGGGAGACGAGCAUCGUCUCGGCAGCCGAAUAUGAAACUACAGUGAGGCAACGGCAAAAUCAGCAUGGACAGGCGGAUUUGUCCUUGUCGACCAUGCCGACCGACAGCUCCAUCCCCGAGUUUGAGGUUGUGCAGGUGGCCGAAGGGGCGUGGAACCUGGCGCGAUGUUUACCGCCUUUGCCCACAACCAACUGUCCACGCACGGCGAUUGUGCAUCUCGAGUGCCUGGAGAAAAAGUCAAAACAAGAAGGGACGUGGAGUUCGUUGGAGAAAUACCUGGAGCAAGCGCCAGACGUGGCUGAUUUGGGGUCGGUGGUACCGAUCAAGGACCGCACACGUGAUCAGCUGCUGGCCAUCACGCAAGGAUUUCUCUACAAGGCUCUCGACAUUCAUCGCAGCAGCAUUCCGCCCUCCUCAUACAGGCCUGGACAUCCCAACGCCGGGGAACCUUCCAACUUCAACUACAUUGUGCUGCCGCCGUCCAAGAUUUUGGAGUAUUUUUUGAGCAGCUAUGUCAGAAGUUUGUCGGUGUACUAUCCCUUGGUCAACGGGGGCGUGGAUCCCAAUGAAAUGCUGCUGCAGGACAACUUGGCCUCGACACUCUUGGUCCUGCUCAUGAUUGCCCAAGGAGCGGCUGCGAUGCCCAUGGCUGAGGCGCGAUACCUUUCGGCUGGCUUGACCGAGACGUGCCGGAUUUCGUUAUUUGAUAUUGUCGAAAAAGACGUCGAGUUGUCAGCAGACCCGAUUACUCUGCGGUGCGCUUUACUUUUCCUCGUGCUGGGUGCGUGGAGCGGUGACAAGUGGUUGAUGGACAUUGCCAUGGGUCAGCGGGGGAUGUAUAUUUCCAUGCUCAAACACGCAAGCAUGAUGGAGUCGCAGCCUGCCAUGAUUCCUGUGUUCAACAAGUCCAGCGACCUUGAGCUGGAAUGGCACCAUUGGAAAGAAAGAGAAAGAAGGAACAGGCUGGUUUACAACUACGUCAUGCUCGACCAGGAGCUCUCCCUCUUCCACGACGUCACGCCCCUUUUUGCCAUCACCGAACUCAAAUGUCCUCUCCCCGGCCCGGAGCCCCUCUGGCAGUGUCAGACAUCCGCUGAAUGGCUCAACAAGAUGCAAUCGGCGUACGGCUCCACUGCCAACGUGAACCCCCAGCUCCUCGAAGCCGCCACCGUGACGCCCUCCCUCUGCGAUUUGUUCCAAGACUUCCUCCAUGACAACCUCUCCCGCCGCCAGAGCCAAGGCGGCCUCUCGCCCCAGCAGCUCAGACUCCUCCUCCACCCCAUCCAGUCCCUCAUCUGUCACCUCCGCCAAAUGCUCUCUUGCUUUUCUGACGUUCUCAGCGGCGGUCCCAUUUCCCGCUCGCGCAACCCGGGCACCAUCACCCGCUCCUCCACCCAGCAGCGCAUGGACGAGGUGCAAACCCUUUUGGCCAAGUGGUAUGACAUGACGCGGGCUUAUCUGCAAAGAGAACCAAACUGCCCCAUAACGCGUUGCAACCUGGUGCUGUACCAUCUCAUCUCCCUCAACGCGACGGCCAACUUUCCCGAGAUUGAAAGACUUGCCAGGAGGGAAGCGUUCUCGGCCGAGGGCACGGACUGGUCGUGGGAGUUGAAUCUGAGGUCGAAGAGGUGCAUUUUCCAACGGGAUCAGUCGAUGUACCACUGCGGGCAGGUUUUCAAGUUGUUGAGGGCGAUGCCGAACAAUCGGCGUCCGGCGUGGUGGAGCGCGGCGAUGUAUAGAGCUACCAUGGUGCUUUGGGCCAUGAGUUUGACUUGGGGGCAGAAUCCGGGGUUAGUGGAUGCUGGCGGCGCUGGGGCUGGUGUUCCUGGUUCGUCGACGUCACCGGUUAUCAAGCAGCAGAAUCCGGAGGAGGGUGGUGUGAUUGCCGCGGCGGGGGCGGGGGUGGGGGCGAGAGCGGGAGCGGGAGGAGGGGGAGGGGAACAAGUGGUGGUUAUCGAUCAGAUAACUACGGAGGAGGAGAAGAGGGUGAUGCCGGUUUUGUGGGAGGACUCUACGGUUGUAGCGCUGACGAGAUUGCCGCAGCAAGGAGGUGGGACGGUCGUGAUUAAGACGAGGGAAAGCAAACCGGGGGAGUCGUCGGGGGAGAUUUUAAGGUAUGCGAUUCAGAAUAUUGAUGCUGGGUUCAGCUCGAGGGUGGGGGAUGGGAUUAAAAGGAAGUUGGAGCAGCUGGGGAAGAACUGGGACGGAGGAGCCGGUUCAGAGGUCCAUGGGCUUCCAGUCAUGAGUUGA